AUGCCCAAGGAUAGGCCCCUGUACACUGUGAGCAGUAACACAGAACCUUUGAAGCGAGUUUUCAGUGUAGACGACGACAUUCACGAAAUUGAGCAUGAUAUCAGAUACCUUGAGGGCUUACAGGAAGGUUUAAAAAAGGUUGCCUCGAACAAAAAAACGUCGAAUGUAAACACGCCACCUUCUACGCGUGGUAGGCCACAUUCUGUAAAACACAAGAGUUCUGGAGCAUCUGUUACCGGUGAAAUAGCCCCAGCCCCCGCUCCAGAAUCUUCUGAAAAUGCAGAUCAAGACCUCGAUAACAGCUUCAAUUAUACGUAUGAAGGCCUUGGUGACGAAGAGGAUCAAAGCUCUGUUGCCACAAACGAGUCUUACACUUUAAGGCAACGUCAAGAAGCUAUCAACAAAACUCAUCCAUUCGGUAUCAGAAUAUGGAAACCAGCUCUAUACAAGAAGAAUAGAUCAGUUCAAAAGGCAGCUGAGGAAGAUAUUCACGAAACCAAAUACAAACGAAUCUCAUGGAAAGUACACUUGGCAAAUUACGUAUGGGCAUCGACUUUAGGGGUUUUUUUCCUGAUUUUUUUGAACAUAUGCAGCCUUCUCGUACGCCUUUUUGCUCUCUUCACCCCAACGGGCUCUGAAUAUGCUUCUGUGUUAUUUAGGUUGAGUCGCUACUUGUUUUGGCCCUUUGGAAAAGUUGUCCUUAUGGUUAGCGAUGAGCACUAUUUACAUGAAGAUCAGGAUGAAGGUAUUUCUGCGCAGCAAUUUUAUGGAUGGGUCACCAAUAAUCGUAACAGACUGUACUUCCAUAGACCCUCUCAGGGGGCUAGUGAUUCCUAUGGAGCUACUGGAAGCGAAGGAAACAUGACUGCCGUUGAUAGGCAAAGAAGAUUGUUUGGAAGAGGUCAAUGGUCUUUGGGCCGCUUUACCUUUUACGUGAUCCUAUAUCUGCUAGUACAACCCGUGGUACUCAUUUUCUCAUUUCUCACUUGGUUGGCAGUCUUUACUAUACCUAUGAGCGGAAUUUUGUGGGACUUGAUGUAUCAUUGUCGGAGGCAUCCGUUGGCUCUAGAGUUCAAGACUUUGACACCUAGUGUCGAUGGAAUAAAAGACAAAAAUGUUCUAUUAUGCACAUUUAGAAGCGCGGGGUCUCAUUAUUAUAAGUACACUGUGGAUGGGACAAAUGUGAUGGUCAUGAACCUAGGGGCUCUCGUUGCAUUCACUAUCAUUCAGUUCUACGUGCUACAAGAGCAUGUCUUUGCGAUGAGUGAAUCAAUCAUUUUCUGUCUUUGUUUGCUUUCCAUCAUUCCUUUAGCAUUUUACAUUGGGCAAGCAGUCGCAUCUAUCUCUGCACAAACUUCUAUGGGAGUGGGUGCGGCUAUCAACGCAUUCUUUUCAACAAUUGUCGAGGUCUUUCUCUAUUGCGUGGCACUACGGCAAAAGAAAGGCCUUCUUGUCGAGGGAUCGAUGAUCGGCUCCAUUUUGGGUGCCGUUCUUCUUUUGCCCGGCAUGAGUAUGUGUGGGGGCGCUUUGAAGAGGAAAACUCAGAGGUACAACCCCGCGAGCGCAGGCGUUUCGUCGGCAAUGUUAAUAUUUUCAAUGAUCGUGAUGUUUGUCCCGACGAUAAUAUAUCAAAUCUAUGGGGGUUACCUUGUUGAUUGCUCUCCUGAAACUAAAGCAGAGUCAUCCAGAUGCUAUUUUCGUCAGCCACCACUGAAAUUUGAUUCAUUGUAUUCUCACGUCAUAAAACCAAUGUCUCUAUUUUGUGCCUUGGUACUCUUUAUGGCCUACGCUUUAGGACUAUGGUUUACCUUACGGACCCACGCUGCUGCAAUUUGGCAGAUUCCAGAAAAAGCACAGUUGCCCAAUGGUCAAUUGGGCUUUAUACCAGAGGAAGAGGAAGAAAGCGGUGGACAUGACGGACCUAAUUGGUCACGUCAAAAGUCGACUUGUAUUCUCCUAGGCGCCACUCUACUCUACGCAAUCAUUGCCGAAAUUUUGGUGGAUUGCGUUGACAACGUUCUGCAACAAUUUCCUUCCCUAGAUCCUAAGUUUUUGGGCCUUACUGUGUUUGCUCUGGUUCCAAACUCCACAGAAUUCUUGAAUGCUAUUUCAUUUGCCAUACAUGGUAAUGUUGCACUUUCUAUGGAGAUUGGAAGUGCCUACGCUUUGCAAGUUUGUCUCUUGCAGAUCCCAGCUUUGGUGGUUUAUUCAAUAGUGUACACCAUGCACAUCCCUACAGAUACCAUUGUUAUCAGGGAUCGAAUGUUUUCAUUGAUUUUCCCAAGGUGGGACUUGUUGGCAUCUAUGGUGAGCGUCUUUUUGUUCACUUACUUGUACGCCGAGGGUAAAUCGAAUUACUUUAAGGGCUCAAUUUUGAUCCUGCUGUACAGUGUUGUUGUCCUUGGCUUUUACUUCCAAGGAGCUAUGGAUCAAAACAAAUGGGACAAUUGA